AUGAGGGUCAAAUUGCCAGUCGCGGAACAUGAGUUUCCCAAGUCCGGACUUGUCAGAGCUAUUAUUGAGUGCGUCACUGCAGACAUUACGGACGUUGAGAAGUUUUAUAACAUCACCUUCUCUGAGACGCGUAUCCUUCGCUUGAAGGACUACUAUCGCGAUAAGCUUGCUGAGCUGACGGCUGUCCCAUUCCUUUUCUUGGACUCGGAAGAUCGAACCGACUAUAUACUGCUGGAAAAAUACUUGCACCAACAACUCGGAGGUCUCGCAUCUUUCGAAGCUUCUCUUGAAGAAGUAAAGCCUAUCAUUGAACCAUUUGCAUCCAAACUGGUCGAACUCGUUGAACGCAGACAAAAGGUAGUGCCGACCACAGGCAGAUAUGCAGCAGAUGUUCUUUCGUCUGUGUCCGAAGAUGUAAGAAAGAAGCUUCAUGCGAUCACAAGCACUGAGCUUCAGUCUCAGAAUCCAGCAGACCGCUUUGCGGCCUAUCGUGCGAUCAGAUGUGUAGGAGAGUUGACGGAAGCGCUGGAGGAAUGCAUGGCCUUCUACAAGGGAUAUGAUCCAGACUUCACGUGGUGGACGUCUGCCCCGUUCCAAGAGAUCCUUCAGCAGCUGGACUCCUUCAGAGCGGCUGUGAACGGUAAGCUCGUCGGAGGUUCUGAAGGAAACUCUACCGAUGAUAUCGUUGGGCAGCCAAUUGGACGGCAAGGUCUCCUGGCGGAUCUCGAUACUCAAUUCAUCGCAUACAGUCCUGAAGAGCUGAUCAAUAUUGCUGACAAAGAGUAUGCUUGGUGCGAAGCCGAGAUGGUCAAGGCUUCUAAGGCACUGGGAUACGGUCAAGAUUGGAAAGCCGCACUUGAGCACGUCAAGAAUCUUUACGUCGAACCUGGUCAGCAGACGCGUCUUGUCCACGAGCUGUCUGCAGAAGCAGUAGCUUAUGUCAAACGUCACGAUAUGGUCACAGUCCCGACUAUCGCCGAGGAGUGCUGGAGAACUUUCAUGAUGACACCAGAGCGACAAAAAGUCAACCCGUUCUUCUUGGGCGGUGAGAGCCUCAUUGUGUCAUACCCAACUGACACAAUGUCGCAUUCAGACAAACUGAUGUCCAUGCGUGGAAACAACAGACCUAUGUCGCGGAGUACCGUCUUUCACGAGCUGAUCCCUGGUCACCAUCUACAAAUGCAUAUGAUCGCCCGAUAUAGGUCCUACAGAAGCCUCUUCACCACACCCUUUUGGAUCGAGGGUUGGGCUUUCUACUGGGAGUUUGUUCUGUGGGAUCGUGGCUUUGCCAACACACCGGAAGAAAAGAUCGGUAUGCUCUUCUGGCGCAUGCAUCGCUGUGCGCGCAUCGUCUUCAGUCUCAAGUUUCAUAUGAAUCAAAUGACGCCCCAAGAAUGUAUCGACUACUUGGUUGACAAAGUCGGGCAUGAGAGAGCCACCGCCGAAGGUGAGGUUAGGAGAAGCUUUAAUGGCGACUACAAUGCUUUGUAUCAAGCCGGGUAUAUGCUCGGAGCACUGCAAAUAUAUGCCAUGAGAAAGGAAAUGGUAGAGAAUGGUGGUAUGUCAGAGAAGGAGUUUCACGAUCGCAUACUCAAGAAAGGAGAGAUGCCGAUUGAGAUCCUCAGAGCCUUGAUGCAGGACAGGAAACUUCGGCCUGGUCAUAAAGCAGCUUGGAGGUUUUAUGAUAUCUGA